AUGAACUCUCAGAAAGAUGCAGGGCUGUCGGACAAGCAUGCACACGACCGCACAACAUACUUUCUGGGAGGAGCUGUUGGAUGCAUCGUGCUGCUCACAUUGAAGAAUGGAGAGCGCUUCGAAGGCCUUCUCGCUGGCUCAACCCUCCCAUCAGCCAACGCGAAGAUCAGCCUGAAAAUGACCAAGAAAUUAGCAGGGGACGGUCACAAUACUAAUGGUGUUGCAAAUCGUGAAGCGGCCUUAGCUGGCGCGAGUCCCGAUCAUGCAAUGACCUUUGAGUUCAAAGAUCUGGCUGACGCUCAAAUUCCGGACUUCAGUAUCCCCGAGCCUACCAAGAUGUCCAAUGGUGCCUCCAAAUUUCAAACAGAUACCGACAUCUCUGGGAACCAAUCGCGUGGUGAACGAAUGCUUCAGAAAUGGGUCCCGGAUGCCUCUGACGCGACCGAUUUCUCUCUUGAAUCUGGAAAUACUGGAAGUUGGGAUCAGUUCGCCGCGAACAAGCAGCUCUUUGGAGCGCAGAGCACAUACGACGAAAGCUAUUACACUACCCACCUCGAUCGCAGCUCAGAAUCCUACCGAGCAAGAGAAGCAAAGGCCACAAAGCUUGCCAAGGAAAUUGAGGGCUCACAAUCCACGAACCAGCAUGUCAGAGAAGAGCGUGGUCAAUCUGCACAGCACGAGAUCGAUGAUGAAGAAGCCAAAUACUCUGGUGUGCGUCGCGACGAGAAUGGUUUCCCUCUCCUCCCAACUGGUGGUCUGAACAAGUACACACCUCCAGCUCGUCGCGCACCGACUGGCCAGCCAACUGUCCCAGGAGCACCCUUCGACAGUGCAAUUGUUUCAGCACAGCUGUCCAAGUCUGACAACAAGACACCUGCUGGCCAGCCCGAACACCGACAGAAGUCACCAGCGCAAGAAGCCGACUCAGCCGCUCCCGAGAGUGACAACCACGUGUCAACGGAAUCCGCCUCGACUGCAACGGUACCGACCCCGCCAGGUCAGCUCCAGCAUGCUCAGCCCGCUGGUGGACAGACCGAAGGUGUCGAGGCCAGAGUCCUUCAACACUUCCGCCAAUUUGCCGUAACAGAGAAGCAGAGAGUGGCGGAGAAGAAACGGAUUCAGUCCAAUCACGAAAGAACCGCCAAGUUGAAUGAGCUCAUGCGCUUUUCAAAAUCAUUCAAACUCAAAACCCCUGUCCCCCAGGAUUUGGUUGGUAUCCUAGCCAAAGAUCCAGUCAAGCAGGAGGAGAUCGUUCAGAAGGCUCAGGACGAGUCUACAAGCACUCAUGCAACUCCCACCUCCACUCCCAAGGACACACCUAUUCGCGCGAAGGACAUUGCGCAAAUACCGCCAUUUCAAGGCGGCCGUGGUCGCGGACUUCCUACCUCUGCCAGUAUGCGAUUGGAUAAGGUGUCCCCUCUGCUUGGUGGUUUGCCAGCUAAAGGCCCUACCGGUCCCAAGCCGGGCAAGCCGGUGCAGGCUCAGCAGCUGCCGGCGCCUAUUCCCUUACCUGAUGCUCGUCUGCCACCAACUGGUCCAAUGGCGGACCAAGGCCCUGCAAGCCCUUCGCGAUCUAGCCUGCAGACUCCUCUGUCGGCGACAUCGGCAUCCAGAUUCAACCUCAAUGUGAAGGCGUCCGAGUUCAAGCCCAACGUCGCUGCUCCGUCCUUCAACCCUACGCCUUCGAAUGCACCAUCAAGUCCGUCCUCGGUGCAGCGAGCCGGAUCAGUGUCACGUGCGGCCAGUCCUUCUACUUUCUUCGGUGCGCGCAAACCAAAGCCGGCAUCUGAGCGACCUUCCAUUGCUGCCAACUUCAAUUCGAUAAAGAAACUGAAGCAGGAUGUGGUCGAUGCAGUGGCGAAACAUCAAGCAGGUAAAUCAGAAGACGGUCAGCCGGCACCAAAGGACUACGCUUCCAAUGGUGGCAUUCCCAAUGCUUUCCUGACGCCUCCGAGAUGGCAGGUCGCAGCUGAGAAUGAGGAGAAGACAUACUUGACGCCCUUCGAGCGACCCUCGAUUGUGUCGCCCGGCGCCGGUAGAACCGGAUCCGCUCCCCAUAUGCCAUACCAUCAACAGCUCCCCACCAUGCCAGCUGGGCCGAACAUGGCUCACAUGCAAGGGCCGCACCAGAUGCCCCAAGGCGUUCCUGCUGGUUAUGGUCACCAGUUCGACGAUCAACACAGGAUGCCGAUGAUGCAGCCGGGACAGCCCAUGUUCUCUUCCCCCAGUGUUCAAUCACGGCAGCCAUCGGCAUACGCAUCACCAAUGGGAAAUGCUGCGCAGUUGACAUACGGACAGCCGCCAUAUUUCGGCGGCCAGAUGCCCAUGCAGAUGCGUCCGUACCCGGGAACCCCGCACGGGCAAGGUCAGAUGGCUGCGCCGGUGAUGAUGACGCAGCAAUCCAAUGGACCAUACAUGGGCAUGCCGCAGCAGUUCAGCGGGCAAGUUCCGAUGUAUUCGCCCAGCCCCAGCCACGCUUACCCCCAGCAGAACGGAUACGGUAGCCCGUCACGGGCACCGAUGAUGAUGCAGCAGGGAUCGCAACAGGGACACCAUCAUGCUCAACCCAUGAUGUGGACUAACUCGGCUCAAGGUGGCCCUAUGGGGUAUGGUCAACAAGGGCAGAUGAACAUGUACCGACAAGGCUACUCCCAGUACGGGACGAGUCCGCAGCAGCCCUACCCCGGUCAACAACAGCGAGCCAUGAGCGGCAGCUAUGGGCAAAUUCCUAAGAUGAUGCACAUGCAGCCCGGACACGUUCCUCACCAACCCCAAAAUUACGGGCAAGUGGAUAUGAACCAAAGCGAAGAAGGUAAAUGA